AUGGCGCCACACAAGUAUGCUGUCACGAGGUCAACACAAAAGAGCCUCAAAGACUACCAGCUGGCGGUGAGUAUAGGCGCGGCGAAGUUCGACCUCAAUCCGUUCGUCGAAGAUGGCGACCGCGCCGACGAAGAAAUCCAGGCGAACAACAAGAAGGCAGCCAAGCUACGUGCGGAGCUGCACCUCCUCAAGAGCGGGAGUCCCAGUCACCCUCUUGUGCAGCUUCAAGAGAAGGCCGACGCGGUUUCGAAGAUGGUUGAGGUUGUCUCGCAUGAGUUCGAACAAUCCCAACAGCGCAGCCAGGGCCUCCAAGAGCGACACCAGGACCUCCAGCGCAUGUGCUCAGAUCUCUACCAAGUUAUCGAAGGUGAAUCGACAACAGAGCAACCCCGGAGUAGCAUUGCGCAACUGCAGAAGGAAGCCGGGUCCGUCGGACUCUUGUACAAAGCUUCGCAGUAUGAUGAGCUGAGGUCCUGGCUCGAGGGGCUUGGGGGCCGUGAAGCUGUAGAGGAAGCGGUCUCGCAGGCAGCAUCUGUGAGUCCGUUACUCGAAAAGAUCAGUGGGGCCGAUGGUCUUCAGUCGCAGGUGUUGCGGGCUGCAUCCGUAACACCUGUGAUGGAACGACUCACUGGCACUGAACUGCAGACUAUGGAGCAAUUGCUACGCGACCAUGGCGGACUGACGGGCGUCCAGAAGAAGGUGGCGCAGGCUGUAUCUGUGGUACCUCUUCUUGGAGGCAUCCAAUCCGACGCAUUGCAAGGGUUUGUUGACGAGACUGUUAAGGUGUACGCAGAUUACGGUGGCAUCGAAGGCUUACGGAAGGAGUUGGACUCUGUUUCCGAGCUUGACGAAGUCGUCAACAACAUGUUCGACCAUCUCGCAAAGGUGGAGUCUGGGUUGGGCCCAGACUUUCACAACUUCAGCAAGGCCUGGUUGAAACGCGUUCAUCAACAAGGGGCGCGAGGUAAGGUCGCACCGGAAGUCCAAAGGAUCUUGGCGGACGAGCGUAAGCUUGCAGAGAAGUUCGAAGAGCAGUGCGUCGUGGCAAACCAGGUGGCAGCAGAUCUUGAUCAGUUACGGAAGCAAUAUGCCUUAGUACUUGAACAGAUCAAGGACAAGGACAAGGCCAUCGCGCUGUAUAGGGGCGACGUCGACGGCUGA